GCCCGAAUAGCUCGAGCGCUGGUCCCUGGCAGGUUACCAUUCCUCGGACGUAGGCAUGGUAUCCAUGUCGUCGACAGCGACGGUCACUCCCACGUGGAGGGGGGAAGUCGAAGAGGGGAUACUACGUAAAGCGUGGAGAAAAAUGGACGGAAGAUUCCGCUCUCUUCAACGGUCGUGCAUAAUGGAUGUCAAGUGGAAUAGGUGCACACAGACGUUAUGCAGCCGAUUGAAGGCAGAGCACCGAGGGACGCGCAGACACACAGACACACACUGGUCUGGACUUACACGGACGUCUCCAUUGCGUACGGAGUAUCGGCUAGGGAGAAGGGCCAAGGACCCGCGUCAAUCGCGUCAACAGGGUCGAUUGAAGGGCGCGAUUCGAGCUGUUUAUGGAAUGGAGGGCUGUGUAUCUGCGCAGCGGUCAUGUGGGCAUUGGCCCCAUUGAUCAACGUUGCACAUAUGCGUACCGGUACUGCACUCUAUGCUUGCGAGGGCGCAUGCGCAAAUAGCAUGACCUGUCAGUAUUCCUGUGUGGGGAGAACAGGCUGCUGUGUAUGCGAGAUGCAGGGGUUUAUGCCUGGAGGAGGCGUCGCGUGCUCCGUGCCGGUGAGUAAAGAGUUUGCACCGGAGGGAGAUCGGAAUAGCUUGAUGGUGAGGAUCCUGUCACGUCAGGAUAGAGGUUCCCAGGCGAUGGGAUGUAGUGUUGCUAGCGCUUGGACGAGACUUUUGAAAGGGCCCUCCGUACACAGUACUACGCACGCACGUGAGGCACCCAAGGCAUCCAAGGCACCUAAAGCACACGCCCUCUUGCGAAAAGAAGACGACCGACUCGUAAAAGCACGCCUCGUCACUCGUCACAUCACAUCGCAUCCUCGUCACAGCGAACUUGCGCACGCACCCCCGGUCCGUCGCACAUGCAAUCGGCCCCCAGCUACUCUUUCGGGCGGUUUCCAGCUGGCCUCCGGUACCGAUCCCGGAGGGGCCGGUGAACUCAGAGCGGAACUCCCUCGAAAGCGACCAUUCCCGCUUCUGGGCAAUGUACAAGCACGAGCACGGGUAAUGGAUGAACCGGUCAUGAACCACGAGGGCCUGCUUAUCUCGAUUUGUGCACAUGGCCAAAGUACACGGUCUUUGCCGUGCUCUCGCUUCUCCGUUAUCGUCCUUUCACCUCGCAAGCCACCGCCUCUUUCGCUGCUCACCUUUCUUUUGAUUCCAGCCGUUUUAGGGAUGGAGCUGUUGGCCAACGGCGCGACUUUUGAGACCGGGGUAACGCUCUACCGUGGCGUCGGGACAUUCGAUACGACCCCCAUCCUUGCAGGGCCUUGGUGCGAGAUCCCGUCGUCACCGACUGGACGGAUUAUUCAGACCGUUUGCCCCGACGUUCUAAUGAAUCUGAUUCCGCUUCUCAUCGUCCAUGGACUCGCCGACACCGCCUCCCAUGCCUGGUCUGGCUCCCUGGCUGGGCUCCCUGUAUUUUACCCUGUCUGGUCUGCCUGUCAAAGAUUCCCAUAUCCGUUUGCGGUGCAACCCACCCCGGCCGCUCCCCUGUCACACCCCGGUCCUCCUGUCGCCAUCCGCAUUGGCUGACCUUGUCUAUCCCUGUUUAUCCCUGUCCUGUACCUAGAAUCCUUGCCCAUCAAAAAAACCUCCAAGGGCCGGCCUUGAUGCCUUCCCUCCGCUGUCUGCUGUCAGUGCGGGAAUCUAUCCGUCUAGACCGGGCCAUCCCCCUGUUAUCCUAAUCCCUCGGCCGGGCGAACAAGCUUCGAUGGGCUCGACGGGGAUAGUCGUCGGGAUCCUCACUGCGGAAGUGCCGCCGGCUUGAGUAUAGUCGCUUCGGCGAACGAGCCGUGACGGUGCGGAAGUGUGUUUUAGAAUCGGCGAGGGUCGUGGUCGAUUUGACAAGGCUCACCUCCCCUUCAUUCCCCAGACCGCUGCGACAUGACGAUCGCCCGUGCAAGACCCUCAAAGAGGCACUGUAUCCAACUACCUGGAUGGGC